GGCUUAUAUUGAUAGUCAAGAAAAUCGUAAAGUCGAUGAAGAUAUUUGUCGCCUCUUAUUUCGUCAAAUAGUUUCCGGGGUUGACUACUUGCACAAAAACUCAAUUAUUCACCGAGAUAUUAAACCGGCCAACAUUAUGCUUGAUGAAACUCACACAAUACCAAAGUUAAUAGAUUUCGGUUUUACAAAUGCUUAUGAUGAAAACAAAGCAAUGUACUCGUUUCUGGGCUCUCCGCAUUAUGCGGCCCCUGAAUUACUAAAGGGCAUAAAAUACGACGGCCCAAAAGUAGACAUAUGGUCCUUGGGAGUAACUCUUUACACGAUGCUCACGGGAAUGCUGCCCUUUCAAGCUGCAAACUUAGAAAAACUUAUUAGUACACAUAAUCAAAGCGCAAUGUACAGUGCCCGAGUACGUUCCAACUGGAGCAAGCGACUUGAUAAAAAAGAUGAUUGUUCGUGAUACAGAGAAACGUAUAAGUAUGGAAGGCGUGCGCCAUCACUAUUGGGUCAUGGAAGGUCACGCGGAACCGCCAGUGGACCUGGCCAUUCCCAGAGAGACGCCAAUACACAACAUCGAUAGAGAAGUUUUCAAUGCUUUAAAAGAUUUUGAUUUCAAUGAUGAAGAGUUGAACUUCCGGGCUUUAAAAGCCGCUUCUCCAAGCAAAAUAAAAAAUGUUUAUUGCUUACUUGUUGAGGCUCGAAACAGAAAAGAAGCUGAAAAACUCAACG